GUCAUCAUCGCCGCCCUUGUAAAAAAAAACAAGUGAGUCCCAGCGCUACAAUUGCAAAGCCGAAUUUUACGAGAAUAAUUAGCAAGUCACUGUGAUUAGCACCUGCAAGACGUGCUCGAGCGACUUUAGAAGAUGGCCUUCAACUUCACCGCCUUCACGUACAUAGUGGCCCUGAUCGGGGAUGCAUUCUUGAUAUUUUUCGCCAUAUUUCAUGUCAUUGCAUUCGACGAACUGAAAACGGAUUAUAAGAAUCCAAUUGAUCAGUGCAAUAGCCUCAAUCCGCUGGUUUUGCCCGAGUACCUUCUGCACAUCUUCCUGAACUUGCUCUUCUUGUUCUGCGGCGAAUGGUUUUCGCUAUGCAUCAACAUACCCCUCAUAGCCUAUCAUAUUUGGCGUUACAAAAACCGCCCUGUGAUGUCGGGACCCGGACUUUAUGAUCCCACCACGGUCCUGAAAACCGACACUCUAUCCCGGAACAUGCGUGAGGGUUGGAUAAAACUGGCCGUCUAUCUGAUCAGCUUCUUCUACUACAUAUACGGCAUGGUUUAUUCGCUCAUCUCGACAUAGGCAAGCUCUUGCCUGGGGAUCUCAGUGUUGGCGCCAACGCACCGCGUCGUGUAUUAGUUGUCUAAACUCGGGUAGAAGACUUCCUUUUUUGGGGAAGAGUCCCCAUCAUCAACCGCGAACAAUACUUCACUUGUAAAUUCUAGUGUAAAUCCAUAAAGACAUCUUGUAGCUUUGUUUUUUUAUACAAUUUGUAAUACUUUUCUGCAGUACGAGAUUGUAACAUGUUUUUAUUUUGAUUAUUUUUUGCAUUUGGCAUCUUUGGUGUAGUUGGAUUUUAAGCAUUAAAUAAAAGUCGAAUCAAUGUAACAAA